UAAAAGAAAAUAAAGAAAGUCCCUCCUUCCGACACUGCUGCCGUUUCCACUUUCGGGGCUUUUCCUUCACUUCAGUCUUCAGAGUACUUUUCUUCUUAGGUACCCUCUGGCGGGAAGAACAAAACACACACACACUACUAUGAGUUGGGUUACGGCGAAAAACGUAGUCGUUUCAGUUCCGCGUUGGCGGUCACUCUCCCUUUUCCUCCGUCCGUCACUCCCACUUCGCCGCCGCUUCUUCUCUUACUCUUCACCUCCGCUUGUCAGGUGCCGAGAGCGGAUAUGUUGCUUGAAGGAGCGAAAGUUGUUUACCACAACCGCAAGAAAACUCAAACAACCAAAAGGUGUUCCAGAGGAAAAAGACUAUGUUAACAUUAUGUGGUGGAAAGAGAGGAUGGAAUUCUUGAGAAAGCCUUCUUCUGUUCUACUGGUUAAGAGGCUUACAUAUUGUAACUUGCUCGGUGUGGAUACAAAUUUGAGAAACGGAAGUCUUAAAGAUGGAACACUUAACUGGGAGAUGUUGCAGUUCAAGUCAAAAUUUCCGCGUGAAGUUUUACUUUGCAGAGUGGGCGAUUUUUAUGAAGCAAUUGGAUUCGAUGCUUGUAUUCUUGUGGAAUAUGCUGGAUUAAAUCCAUUUGGUGGCCUACGUUCAGAUAGUAUACCGAAAGCUGGUUGUCCAGUUGUGAAUCUAAGACAGACAUUGGAUGACCUCACACGUAAUGGCUUCUCUGUGUGUGUCGUGGAGGAAGUUCAGGGUCCAACUCAAGCUCGUGCUCGUAAAAGCAGAUUUAUAUCAGGGCAUGCACAUCCAGGCAGUCCCUAUGUUUUUGGCCUUGUUGGAGAUGAUCAAGAUCUUGAUUUUCCAGAACCAAUGCCUGUUGUUGGAAUAUCCCGUUCAGCGAAGGGGUAUUGCGUUAUCUCAGUUUAUGAGACUAUGAAGACUUACUCUGUGGAGGAUGGCCUAACUGAAGAAGCCUUGGUUACCAAGCUUCGUACUUGUCGAUGCCAUCAUUUGUUUUUGCAUAAUUCAUUGAGGAACAAUACUUCAGGAACAUCACGUUGGGGGGAGUUUGGUGAAGGUGGACUUUUGUGGGGAGAAUGUAAUGCUAGACAGCAUGAAUGGUUGGAUGGCAAUCCUAUCGAUGAGCUUUUGUUCAAGGUAAAAGAGCUUUAUGGUCUCAAUGAUGACAUUACAUUUCGAAAUGUCACUGUUGUUUCAGAAAAUAGGCCCCGUCCUUUACACCUUGGAACCGCCACACAAAUUGGUGCUAUUCCAACCGAAGGAAUUCCAUGUUUAUUAAAGGUGUUGCUUCCUCCACACUGCAAUGGUCUACCAGUUCUGUAUGUUAGGGAUCUUCUUUUGAAUCCACCGGCCUAUGAGAUUGCUUCAAAACUUCAAGAGGCAUGCAAACUUAUGAUGAGUGUCACUUGUUCAAUUCCUGAUUUUACUUGUAUUUCAUCUGCAAAGCUGGUCAAGUUGCUUGAGUUGAGGGAGGCAAAUCAUGUAGAGUUCUGCAAAAUAAAGAAUGUGGUCGAUGAAAUACUGCAGAUGUACAGAAAUUCAGAGCUUCGUGCUAUUUUAGAGUCACUGAUGGAUCCUACUUGGGUGGCAACUGGGUUAAAAGUCGAUUUUGAUACACUAGUGAAUGAAUGUGGAGAGAUUUCUGGUAGAAUCAGUGAAAUAAUAUCUGUACAUGGCGAAAGUGAUCAAAAGAUAAGUUCCUAUCCUAUCAUCCCAAAUGAUUUUUUUGAAGAUAUGGAGUCUCCGUGGAAAGGUCGUGUCAAGAGAAUCCAUUUGGAGGAAGCAUAUGCAGAAGUAGACAAGGCUGCAAAUGCUUUAUCUUUGGCUAUAACAGAAGAUUUCCUGCCUAUUGUUUCAAGAAUAAGGGCCACUAUGGCCCCCCUUGGAGGAAUCAAAGGGGAGAUUCUGUAUGCUCGAGAGCAUGAAGCUGUAUGGUUUAAGGGGAAGCGCUUUAUUCCAACUGUUUGGGCUGGAACACCUGGUGAAGAACAAAUUAAGCAUCUCAGACCUGCUAUAGAUUCAAAGGGGAAGAAGGUUGGAGAAGAAUGGUUCACUACAAUGAGGGUGGAAGAUGCAAUAGCAAGUUACCAUGACGCAAGUGCUAAGGCAAAAUCAAGGGUCUUGGAAUUGCUAAGGGGACUUUCUUCUGAAUUACAAUCUAAGAUCAAUAUACUUAUCUUUGCGUCCGUCUUGAUUGUGAUAACAAAGGCAUUAUUUUCUCAUGUGAGCGAAGGUAGAAGAAGGAAUUGGGUUUUCCCAACAAUUACACAAUUUAACAAAUGUCAGGACACAAAGGCACUUGAUGGAACUAUGGGAAUGAAGAUAAUUGGUCUAUCCCCUUAUUGGUUUGAUGCAACGCGAGGUACUGGUGUACAGAAUACAGUAGAUAUGCAGUCAAUGUUUCUUUUGACAGGUCCAAAUGGUGGGGGCAAAUCAAGCUUGCUGCGAUCAUUGUGUGCAGCUGCAUUGUUAGGAAUGUGUGGAUUCAUGGUUCCAGCUGAAUCAGCUGUCAUUCCUCAUUUUGAUUCAAUUAUGCUGCAUAUGAAAUCAUAUGAUAGUCCUGCUGAUGGAAAAAGUUCAUUUCAGAUUGAAAUGUCUGAAAUUCGUUCUCUGGUUACUGGUGCCACUUUAAGAAGUCUUGUGCUUAUAGAUGAAAUAUGUCGAGGAACAGAAACGGCCAAAGGGACAUGUAUUGCUGGAAGUGUUAUAGAAACCCUGGACGCAAUUGGCUGUUUGGGAAUUGUAUCAACCCACUUGCAUGGGAUUUUUGAUUUACCCCUGAAAACCAAGAGGACUGUGUAUAAAGCAAUGGGAACUGAGUAUAUUGACGGUCAAACAAUACCAACUUGGAAACUUAUUGAUGGGGUCUGUAAAGAGAGUCUAGCAUUUGAAACAGCUCAGAGAGAAGGAAUUCCAGAAAUAUUGAUUCGAAGAGCAGAAGAAUUGUAUAAUUCAGCUUAUGUGAAUCAGAUAUCAAAGAAGAAAGACCAAAUAAGACCUGUUUGUUCAGAUUUUGACCUCAAUAGCACAGAUAAAAUCUCUGACCAAUUAAAUGGUGCAAGACAAAUAGCUUUGGAUUCUAGCACAAAAUUAAUGCAGCGAAUGGGAAGUGCAAGCAAGGAACUUGAAGAUGCUAUCUCUCUUAUCUGUCACAAGAAGUUAAUCGAGCUGUGUAAAGUGAAAAAUGCGUCAGAAGUGGCAGCGGUGAAUUGUGUUCUCAUUGCUGCCAGGGAACAGCCAGCUCCAUCAACAAUUGGUGCUUCAAGUGUAUAUAUAAUGUUGAGACCUGACAAAAAGUUUUACGUUGGACAGACUGAUGAUCUUGAGGGCCGAAUCCGUGCUCAUCGGUUGAAGGAGGGAAUGGAAAAUGCUUCUUUCCUAUAUUUCUUAGUCCCUGGCAAGAGCAUAGCCUGUCAACUGGAAACUCUUCUAAUAAACCAACUUCCUGAUUAUGGCUUUCCGCUAACAAACGUUGCUGAUGGUAGGCAUCGUAAUUUUGGCACGACUAGUCUCUCCCUGGAACCUUCAACCGCGCUUAGAUGAAUCCGCUAUCAGCUUGUUGCGGAAGAGUUCAAGUUGGUGUAUAAAAAUUGAGGUGUGAAAUUGAGGUGAAUUCUGAUGUAAGUUAAUAUUCCUAAUUUUUUUUAGUUAUGACAUACCAUUUUCAUCUUAUUU